CUGAUUGCCACACAACUGAUAAUCAGAGCAAUCGUAAACUGUUUUACAGUUUAGAAGACAAUGUUUCUUCGAUUUUGUACCAUGAUAUCAUUGGUCUUCCUAGGAUUUGGCGUUGCCUUUUCGCUGGGACAGAAUUACACAGAACCUCUUGUUUUGGAGGGAAAGUGUCUGGUGGUUUGCGAUGCGAACCCGUCUGUAGAGGGAGCAUUGACCUCUUCCUUCGGGAUAUCUGUCCGGGCAAGCGGUGCUAAAGUGGCUUUCUCUGCACUCAGGGGAACGAACCACGAACCAUCUGAUAUGAGCAAUACGUCUCCGACCAUCUACUUUGACCAGGUAUUAGUGAACAUUGGCAACCAUUUCAAGCUGCAAGCGAGUGUAUUUCAAGCACCAAGAAGAGGCAUUUACAGUUUUAGCUUCCAUGUGGUGAAGGUUUACAACCGACAGACUAUACAGGUAAACUUGAUGCACAACGAAUACCCUAUAAUAUCAGCUUUCGCUGGGGACCAUGAUGUCACUCGAGAGGCUGCGAGCAAUUCAGUCCUUCUGCACCUGGAACGAGAGGACAAACUCUACUUGAAGCUUGAGAGGGGGGAUCUAAUGGGUGGCUGGAGGUACUCAACGUUUUCUGGAUUCUUGGUGUUUCCACUCUAAUCACAACUCUCAAAUCAAGUGACUCUUUUUUAUUUUCUUGGCCACCCAUCUCUGGACUUAAAUUAUGAAGAAAUGUAUAACUGACUGUGAGAUAAAGUAGGCUAUUUUGGCAAUUUAUGACGAAAUUAUUCCGUGCUAUGAGGUUGGGAUUUGUAUUGCUGAAUGUGACUGAUUGUUGGUAUGAUAUUAUAUGAACUGCGAAGAGUAGCCUAUUCAAGCGUUUGUCAGGUGCGCCCAUUCAGUAGCUAUCCAUGGUCCUGAAACCGUAGACACGGUAGCUGUCUGUUGAAACCACAAAACGCAUCUCAAGCGUACAGAGGCAAUAGGUGGCAAUUGAGUGUUGGCUCUAGUGUCAACGUUGUUGCAGUAGUGCCAUUGAAAUAUUGUAAUCAAAUAACAUUUUCCAAAGGUAUGCAAAUGCAGGCUAGCUGGCAUUUGGACCUAUAUUGCACAUUGAUACAGUGUUCAUUUUGGCAUUUUUUCAAAGGUUUAGUCCAGUCUUAGUCACUUUGUAAUCACAUCCAAAUCAAAUCAAAUGUUAUUGGUCACAUACACGUGUUUAGCAGUUGUUAUCGCAGGUGUAGCGAAAUGCUUAUGCUAGUUCUGACAGUGCAACAUUAAGUCACAUUUGUGUCAUUUGAAUAAUGAUUAAGUCUGGUCAUUGUCAAACAGAGCGCCAUUUUCGUAAACUAAAUUCCCUUUAAUUUCAGUCACAUUUUAGUCACAUCACAUUUGUAUUGUCUCAUUAACCUAUAGUAAACAUAAAUCACUGACUCCCAUGUGCACAAACAUACAUAACCUUGUCCCACCAACAUAUUUUUCUGCAUAACAUAAUAUCAUAAUACCCUUCCCAACAGCAGAAAAAUGACAAACAUAUAUUAGAAUAUAUAAUGAUUAUCUGGUCAUUCCUAAUUCAGCCUACAUAUCGGCAAAGUAGUAUGGGUUGAACCUCCGUCACCGGGCCGCGUCAGUGCCAUUGCAAUCAACGGUUGCAGCCACGUUGGUGUCCAAAAGUAGAACGGGGGCUAAUGACUUUGAACGGGAUCUAAUUAAUGUUUUGCCCAGUGAUGCAGUCGAGCCACUAAAACCCAAGUCCGAAUUGAGUCCCAAGUCCCCUGUGCUCGAGUCCAAGUCUGAGUCACCAAUGUUGGUCGAGUAACGAAUGGAGUCACGAGAAGAAAAUGUAGUCAAUAAAUUGCUUGCUAUCCAUUUCUAUUUUUAUCUGUACCACCAAAUGUGUGCAUAUCUGCUCUGGUAACGUUAAUGUUACCAGGGCCACGUUCAGUUGCAAAACUUUAUCGAACAUUGCAGACAGUUCCAGUCGGUAUUCACGUAGUAAUAAUAAAGAAUUCCCUUGACCCACGACAACAAAUUGGGUAAAACCAACAUUCUUUCCUAUUGAAAUAACAAAACAUGCCGAAAAGCUGCUGUGUUGUUUUAUGUAGCCAGGUCAAAAGUCCUGACCUACGGCUCUGUAAAGCUCUUCCAAACGAAACACAAGACCUGUUAGUUUUGAAUGAUGUGUCUCAAGUGUGUUUUACAAUUGCAAACUGAGUGUAAAGCAGAUAAUGGGCGUGCAAUUUUGCAGAUUGGUCUGAAGAUUAGGUAUAUGAGUUAAUGGUUUCACUGAGUGUGCCUCAAGUAUCACUUUUAGUGUGUAAAAGAUUGUAAAAUACUGUAAUUAACUAGAAGACUGGCGGUGACUGGUUAGCUACGGGGAAGCAAGAUUGUAUAAACCGAAGCAGAGCCUGAGCGCAACCUGUAUGCUUGUCUGCUCACACUCAUUGCUUGCUCCCCUGCAGCUCACCAGCUGAUGCAGGGUGUGGCAGCAGUCCUUCCCACUGCUGAACUGGUGCUUCGAACUGCUAAUAUUAAUUGUGCUUACCACUGAAAAGCUCUCAAUCUCUCCCAGAUAAUUUAGUCUCGUCUUGUUUUAGUUAACUGAAAUGAAUGUUUUUAUUUUUAUUUUAGUCUCAUCAAUUGACACUGAAAAAUAGAUGUUUGAGGAAUAUUUUAGUCACUAUUUUUGUUGACGAAAUUAAAACUGCAUUGAUAUAUGUACUGGACAAUUUAACCUCUAAAUAAAGACA